AUGUACUCAGCGGGAUUCUUAUGGAUUUCAGUGGCUCUCGUGGCAUCUGCCGGCGGCAGUCCCACUACCGGAGAUGGGCGGAUUGUGGGCGGCGAGGUGACAACAAUAGGCGAAUUUCCCUAUCAAGUGUCCGUCCAGUUGAACGGACAGCACAUAUGCGGAGGCGCCGUCAUUGCACAUAACUUCGUACUGACGGCGGCCCAUUGCUUCGAAGUCGCCUUGAGCAGCAGUGAUUACACCGUGCGAGUGGGCUCCAGCGAACAUGCGGGUGGGGGCGAAGUGCUCAGCCUGCGGCAGGUGAUCACCCACGGCGACUAUAAUCCCCAGAGCCACGACAACGACCUGGCCCUGCUCAUCCUGAAUGCCACGCUCAAUUUCACCGAGCACCUGCAGCCGGUGCCACUGGCCACAUUAAUGGACCCACCGACGGCGAACACCCGCCUCGUGGUCACCGGAUGGGGAUACCAGGCGGAGGAGGAGGGCGGUGUGAGUGGUGAGGUCGGCGUGUCGCCGGAACUUCGCUUCGUCGACGUGGAUCUGGUGGAUUCAGAUCAAUGCCGCCGAGCCUACCGGCAUGUGCUGCCCAUCACCCAGCGGAUGGUCUGUGCCGCGCGUCCGGGUCGCGACAGUUGCCAGGGCGACUCUGGCGGUCCGCUGGUGGGUUUCCCAGCGGAAGAAGGUCCGGCCAGGCUCUACGGCAUCGUGUCCUGGGGCCUGGGCUGCGCCAAUCCCAACUAUCCGGGGGUCUACACUAAAGUGGCUGCCUUCCGCAACUGGAUCGAUGCCCAGAUGGGCACCUGGGGCUGGAACGGCUUGCUGGCGGGGUGGAUCGGGCUGCAAUAGCAAAGUAAGAAAACGCCAAAGAA